CGCCGCCGCAGCAGCAACAGCAGCCCAGUUUCUGGAUGCGCUGGAGAAUUAAGGACCUCCGCAGAGGUUUAAGUUCCCUGAUCCCAGCGCGCUGGAGGAAGGAGCUUGGAGAGAAGAAAGAGAAAAGGUGGGGGUGGCAGAGAGAGAGAGAGAGAGAGAGAGAGAGAGAGAGAGAGAGAGAGAGAGAGGACUCUGCAAAGCCUCUUCUCCUUCUUCCCUUUCCUCCAUCCCUCCGGAUCGCCGCUGCCCAGGCAGCUCAAGCCCGCGGGAUCCAAGAAGGCAGCCCGCUGCGCUCGCCCACCCGCUCCUGCAAAAGCAGACGCCGCUCCCAACGCGUCGGGGAGGCUCCGUCCUUUGCCAAGAGAGUGGCGAGUUCCCUCCGAGGUAGGUGGCGGGACGACGGGGCAGGUUCCCGGAGCGUGGCGCAGGCCCCCGGGGGCAGGGACCCGCUUCCAGGGGGGCGGGGCUGCUUUUCCCGGUUGAAACCAAAGGAUCCAGCUCCGGAUCCCUCGAGGGCAGCCCGUGUGGACCACACAUCCCAACCCAAGGCAGUGAAGCCACGUGUGGUGUGGCCAAUUCUCAUCAUCCCCCAAGAGAGACCCGGAGGACCCUCGCCAGCAGCGGCAGAAAGGUCUGCAGAAGUCGGAAUCGGUUCCUGCGGGCAGAAUCGGUGCCCAUCCAAACCCCCGGGGUGACCAUCAGUAGUGCCCUGCCAGCCCGGACCUUGGUGCUGCUACCCGCAGCCAGCGAGGAAACACACACACACACACAUCCAGCGUGCAAACGGACCACCCAAACUCAGCCAGCAUCCUGGCAUCAGUCAUGACAAGCAUACAAAAGUGACCACCUAAGCAGCCAACCCAACUCGGGCUCUCUUGUCUGGCCAUCGAGGUCCAGCUUCUGCUACCCAGCACGGCGUACAGGUCCAGAACCAGCUCAAGGGAAGUGGGUUCCCCGCCAACACCAGCCCAGAGAUCUGCCAACCUCACCCGCCACAGCGCUCAGCCCAGACCAUGCACUGAGCAAGCCGGCACCAAGCAAACCGAGAAGAUAAUCCAGAAAAGAGGAGACAAGCCGAAGUCCUGGGUGUGCAGCGGAGACGGCUGUCUAGUCCGAUUUUUGCUCUCCAGUGCAGGCGAGGAGGACGUGCCAAGCCUACAGGGCAAGCUCUCCUCCUCACCACCAGAAUGUCAGUGGUGCGCAGGAAGUUUGGAGAUGAAUACCAGGCCGUGGUGGGCACGUCGGCGCGGCGGAAGCGCCAGCGCUUUGUGGACAAGAAUGGCCGCUGCAACGUCCAGCACGGGAACCUGGGCAGCGAGAACAGCCGCUACUUGACGGACCUCUUCACCACCUUAGUGGACCUCAAGUGGCGAUGGAACCUGCUCAUCUUCCUGUUGACCUACACGGUGGCCUGGCUGGUGAUGGCCUCCAUGUGGUGGGGGAUCGCCUACUUGCGAGGAGACCUGGACAUGCACCAUGGGCACAGCCCAGGGCACAACCCCUGUGUGGCCAACGUCUACAACUUCCCCUCGGCCUUCCUCUUCUUCAUCGAGACAGAGGCCACCAUUGGCUAUGGGCACCGCUACAUCACUGAGCGCUGCCCCGAGGGCAUCGUGCUCUUCCUCUUCCAGUCGCUAUUGGGAUCCGUCGUAGAUGCCUUCCUCAUUGGCUGCAUGUUCAUCAAGAUGUCCCAGCCCAAGAAAAGGGCCGAGACCCUCAUGUUCAGCCGUGCCGCGGUCAUCUCCAAGCGAGACGGGAAGCUGUGCCUCAUGUUCCGCGUGGGGAACCUGCGCAACAGCCACAUGGUCUCGGCCCAGAUCCGCUGCAAACUUAUCAAGGUGAGUCAUUUCCUCAAUGAGGUCUCAGCUUCACAGGGAAGAGGGUGGGGUGGCACUCACGUUCCGGGAAGCUAGAGAGCUGGAUUUCAAUGUGGGAGAGGCCUAGAUUCAAAUCUCGCCUCUGGGCUCCUGGGCCCAUGCCUUCUGGGCUCGUAGAAGCCCCUCAGUCUCAGUUCCGUCAUCUGUGAAAUGGGAACGUUAAGAAUCGUGUGGUGAGCUUACUGUGAGCACAAUAAAAAGGCCUUUGCGGAUGAAAGUUGCCUUGUAAAAGAUGCAUAUUAGCAGGCACUGAACAGAGAGGGGGGGAAGAGGUUCCAAGGAGGGUGGGCAGGUAGGAUUGGGAGUUUGUGGCAAAGGUUCCAAAGAGGAUGCCAAAAUGGCUGAUCCCGUGUCAUGUGCUAGAGAUUUUGCACAACUCUUUUCAGAUUAAGGAGACAUUUUCUUCCCAAUGUCUCAACAAAUGAAACUGACUUGUAAAAAUGUUACAUGGGGAAAAAAUAUAUACGAGAGAGAGACAUUGCACACACUUUUGUAAAUCAAGAAAAUCUUUAAUAAACAAAAAAACAAAAGCUGAAGGUUUGGAGUAAGCCCCUUUGUGUUCAGUGGGAUUUUUCUCCCAGGUAGGCAGGCCUAGGGUCAGAUUACAAACAGUUUCUUAAAUUCAGUAUCUUCACAUCUUCCUCUCUCCUCCCCCUACCCCCUACCCCCACCCCACAUCCCUUAAAAACAAUAAUCUCAAAAUCAAUCUCGUGUAAGGAAGUGGGUGUGGGUGGCGAGUCAAACGAGAAGAUAAGCCGUUUGGAAUUUUGGAAGCAUGUUUGCCUUAGAGGCCCAGACAACUUUGCACCCAAGUGGACAUAUCAAUUUUGUUAGCAAAUAAACAAAUAAAAGAAAAACCAGGAGGAUUUGCUGGUGAAUUCCUCUCCCCCUCCGCAAUUGGAUUUGUGCAUGGCUCCAUCUGAGGGAGGGCUCAGCCCAGGAGCCUAUUUUCAAUGCCCAUCCUGAAACAUGAGAUAUCAAGCUAAAUGCAAAAGUGUAUUGUAAGCCUAUGCAAAAGACCUUAGCUUUCUACUUAGCUGGGAUAGCUCAGUCAGCAGAGCACGAGACUCUGAAUUUCAGAGCCGUAGGUUCGAGCCCCAGAUUGGGCAAAAAGGGGGUCGAACCCACAAAAAAGGGGGUUGGACUAUAUGACCCUCGUGGUCCCUUCCAACUCUGAAAUUCUAUGAUUCUACCAAGUAACCUUGGCCGGCACCUGCACCUGCCUAGUGCGCUGCUGAGUAAAUGGCUAACCACUGACCUCACUAUCCAGAUGCCAUCAAGGUCCAUCUGUUUAUGCAGGAAAGAUCACCACUUUGUACCCAGAGAAACCAUGGUGCAAUGGUCAAGACAGCAGCAAGCCCAGAGGUGGAGGGAAUCAUAUGAAAAGCAGAUGUGUUGGUCCAUUUAAAAAAAAACUGAGCUGAAACUGCUUUGGGGAGGGGAAUUGCCAGAGAAGUCCUUUCUCAGGAUUCCAAGCCAGCGGGAAAAGGUCACAGUUGCUUUGCAGUGAAGGCUCAGGAGAACGAUGGUUCUUUCAUAUGGGUCAGGUUGAGAGCCUGGCAAAGGACCAGCAAACACCAGGGCUGAAUGCUGGAGAGGAGGCUAAGAGGUCUCAUAGCAGAGUGUUUGGAAAGCAGAGAGAGAGAGAGCUAGCGCAGAAAGGGGUGUCGAGGAAGAUAAGGCAAGGCAAGCGACAGAAACACAGGGAGGAGGUUGGGAAGUGAGAUCCUGAGCUGCUGCUCGGUUCCUCCCCGCCAUGCGAUGCAUAACAAACACAGAAGCUCACGCUCAUGGAAAGCUGCGAUAGUCAAUAGCACGGGCAGAAAUCGAGAUAAAUGCAGGAAAUUAGCAAGUGAAGCCUUGGCAUUUAUUCCCAAAGACCAGCCAGAGGAAAAUGAUAGGUGGUGGCUGUCUCCAUUUUGCCCUGGUUGUAAGCUACCAGAAGGCAUCUGCCUAGCCUCUGUAUCAGAGACAGUGUGCAGGGUUUGAUGGAGAUUAGAUAGAUAGAUAGAUAGAUGAUAGAUAGAUAGAUAGAUAGAUAGAUAGAUAGACAGAUAGAUAGAUAGAUAGAUAGAUAGAUAGAUAGAUAGAUAGAUGAUAGAGUGCUUUUUUUCUUUAAAAAAAAUGUUUAGGGGUACUCUCAUUUUCCCACUCAUAUUGAAAUACAGUGGUACCUCAGGUUAAGAACUUAAUUCGUUCUGGAGGUCCGUUCUUAACCUAAAACUGUUCUUAACCUGAAGCACCACUUUAGCUAAUGGGGCCUCCUGCUGCCCCGUGAUUUCUGCUCUCAUCCUGAGGUAAAGUUCUUAACCCGAGGUACUAUUUCUGGGUUAGCAGAGUCUGUAACCUGAAGCCUCUGUAACCUGAAGCAUCUGUAACCCGAGGUACCCCUGUACUGCCCCUCAAUGAGGCCAAACUCAGAUUCACAAAAUGUUUAGGAGUCUGCGUACCCCCAGGAAAAAAAGCACUGGAUAGGUAGGUAGGUAGGUAGAUAGAUAGAUAGAUAGAUAGAUAGAUAGAUAGAUAGAUUAAGGUUACCAGACAUCCCUGUUUCCCAGGGACAGUCCCCUGACAAAAUCCACUGAAGUUGAAAAGUGUCCCCAGAUAUUCAUUGGAAAAAAUCUGGUAACCGAAAGAAAGAAAGAAAGAAAGAAAGAAAGAAAGAAAGAAAGAUGAUAUAUAUAGAUUUCACUCUGAAUAAGAAUUCAUAUGUUCUUACAUUUCGUCUUUCUUUCAACUUUUAGAAAACAAAAGGGUGGUCCUUUUUGAGGACGACUUUAAGCAGUGUACAAUAUAGUAUUUCAAUGUAGGCAAAUGCUUCCAUGGAAAAAUAAACUACAUACUGUACUGCAUGUCUGUUACUGUUAUUGCUUUGUUUUGUUCUUACUGUAAUCCAAACAUUCACUCUUCCUAAAUCUACACCGUAUCACUGAAAGCCAAAACCUGUCAGGGAUAGGAUCUCCUUUCAGAAGACAAUGAAACAGAUGCCGUUUUAAACAAAAGCAUUGGUAAAAACUCCAGCUUCUCUCAAUUUAACAUAAUUUGCUGCCUUCUUAGCAGCUCUAAUAUCCCAAAUUCUCAACAACCUAGUUUCCACCUCGGGGAUUUUAACAUCUUUCCAGAGAGUCUUGUCAAUCAUAUUUUAGCUGCAACCAGGAAAUAUUGAAUAAUGCCUUGAAAGUCCCUCCUUUACAUAAUCUUGAAAAAUUUCCCCAACAACAGGGCCUCUGAAGUACCUAGGAGAUUAUAUCCUAUCACGAAAUGAAUAAUCCAUAAGAUUUCUGCAUGGACAUCUCCACCACAUAUGGAAAACAAUCUUCCCUUUUCUUCCACAAUGUUUUUGUCAAUAUUCUCUUCUCAGUCCUAUAACCUUCUUUAAUUUCUUGGGGGUGUGGGGGGGUGUAUAAUGCCACUUAGAAAUCACUGGGUGGUAAGAUUUGUCCGGUAACAAAUAAAAAAAUUCCAGACUAUUAUUCCAAAUAUGAUGCCAGGCAUUCUGAUUAAUACAAACCAAGUUCCUUUCCUUGUCAUUCUAUACAGCAGGCACAGGCAAACUCGGCCCUCCAGAUGUUUUGGGACUACAACUCCCAUCAUCCCUGACCACUGGUCAUGUUAGCUAGGGAUGAUGGGAGUAGUAGUCCCAAAACAUCUGGAGGGCCGAGUUUGCCUAUGCCUGCUAUACAGCUUUUUAGGAUUUGUAUUACAUACACAUGUUUACAGUAUCUGAUGUUUUCUUUCAACACAUUUCUUAAGAAGCUGUUGUUGACCUCCUUAAAAUCACUGUUGCAUAUUUUUUCGGAAACAUAAUGGAUAUGAUCCAGAUCUAGGCUGCAAUCCUACGCACGCUUACCUGGGAGUAAAUCUCAAUGAACUAAGUGGGGAUUGCUGCUGGGUAGACAAACGCAGAGAGUGGACUCUGAGUUUAGCUGUACUUAGGUCCCCCUGAAAUCAGUGGAAACAGUUUGUUACCCCUUAAGUUCCAUUGAUUUGACUAGCUCAGUUGGUAAGAGCGUGGUGCUGAUAAUGCCAAGGUUGCAGGUUCUAUCCCCGUAUGGGAGAGCUGCAUAUUCCUGCAUUGCAGGGGGCUGGACUAGAUGAUCCUCAGGGUCCCUUCCAACUCUACAAUUCUAUUAUUUUUUAAAAUAUUGAUUGGUAAUGUCUAUUUUUUCAGUGGGAACCAUGUGCAACUGGCUUAGGCUGCAGCCCCAACCCUACUUACCAGGGAGUAACACUCGUUUAAUUCAAGAGAACUUACUUCUGAGUAGACACAGUUAGUAUUACAGUGAGUCGGAAUCCCACGCCUUGCCUUAAUUUUUAAGAGCCAAUACAAUUAGCAGUCCAGCCUCACUUCUGAUUGAAUCCUUUCAUUUUAUAGCAGGGGUCAGCAACCUUGUUCAGCAGGGGGCCGGUCCACCAUCUCUCAGACCACGUGGUGGGCCGGACUAUAUUUGGGGGGGAUGAACGAAUUCCUAUGCCCCACAAAUAACCCAGAGAUGCAUUUUAAAUAAAAGGAUACAUUCUACUCAUGUGAAAACACGCUGAUUCCCAGACCGUCCAUGGGCUGGAUUGAGAAGGCAAUUGGGUCGGAUCCAGCCCCUGGGACUUAGUUUGCCUACCCCUGUUUUAUAGGCAUCACUCUUCUUCUUUUUCAUUUGGUAAAGUAAAAGAGGUCUACACCACAGUAUGGUAAACCAGUACAAAAAGAAAGAAGAAGAAAAAGGGGUGCAGAAAAGAUUAAAAUUUGAUCCCAAGUUCCUAAAGGGUUUCACUAAGAAUAUAGUAUGUGAUACAGACUGAGCUAUCAUCUCCUUCUUUCAGAUGAUUAUUGAAGGUUCUCAAGGGGAGCUUGGGAUGUUGAUUUAAUUAUUUUCGCCACAGUUCCCCUUUCCUAACAAACCCACUAAGCAAGCAGACCGUCCAAAUGUCCCAAUUUUCCAAGGAGAGUCCUGGAUUUACAGAAGCUAUAACGGUUUCUGAUUUGAUUCACAUAAGCCACCCUGGUUUCUCAGUUGAUCCCGGAAUGUCCCGCUUUUCCUUAGGACGUCCCUAUUUUCACCCGAGAAAUGUUGUUGGAGGGUAUGGAGUCAUACGACCCCCGAGUCAAGGAGAUAAGUAACGAAUAACGAUACAACCUUUAGGAGACAUAUGUAGGCAGCCCUUUAUAAGGAAGGUUUUUUAAAAAAAUGUUUAAGGUUUUAUUGGGUUUUUAUAUAUGUUGGAAGCUGCCCAAGGUGACUGGGGCAACCCAGUCAGAUGGGUGGAGCAGAAAUAUUAUUAUUAUUAUUAUUAUUAUUAUUAUUAUGGAGUAAAGGUAAAGGGACCCUUGACCAUUAGGUCCAGUCGUGGCCGACUCUGGGUUUGUGGUGCUCAUCUUGCUUUAUUGGCCGAGGGAGCCGGCAUACAGCUUCGGGGUCAUGUGGCCAGCAUGACUAAGCCACUUCCGGUGAACCACAGCAGCACACAGAAACGCUGUUUAUCUUCCCAACAGAGCUGUACCUAUUUAUCUACUUGCACUGGCGUGCUUUCAAACUGCUAGGUUGGCAGGAGCUGGGACAGAGCAACGGGAGCUCACCCCGUCGUGGGGAUUCGAAAUGCCGACCUUCAUCGGCAAGCCCUAGGCUCUGUGGUUUAACCCACAGUGCCACCCGCAUCCCUAUUAUGGAAUGGGACAGCCCUAUUUUCAUUGGAGAAACGUUGGAGGGCAUGCCAACUUCAAUUGCCAAGCACUGUAACAUACUAGGUAAGCCCAGAUCUGCCUUACUUAUGGCUUCACCAGCAAGAACCCAGCUAUUCUUCUACAAUGCCGAUCCGGCCGCGCAAAAUCCCAAACUAGCUCUGGGGUUCAUUCUUGCACCGGUGGCUGGCAUUUAGGGGAAAUCUGCAGCUAGCCAGCCCUUGUUCCUCUUGGCAAGAGCUCUGCCUGCUGCUGGAGCCGCAGCCGCAGGAGUAGGAAGUGCUUCAAGCUGUCGCCCCGCAUUCCUCUGCUGUCUUCGCAAGUUCCUGCAUCCGCGGAACAAGCCGUUCUCUGACAUGGCCCAAGUCCAAAACCCAGGCACUUUGACUAUCAAAGGCAGUCGCUGCUGGACCGCUGAGCGAUGGGAGACUUUCGACAGAUCAUACCACCAGAAGGGCACGUGGGGGUCAUCCUGGCAGCCAGCACAUAAAAGCUGACACCUUGGCACUUCUGCCAGCCUUGAUUCUGAAGGUCAUAUAAGGGGCAGCAUCCAUUACUUUCUAAAGAGCUGCUGCUGCUGUCUUGUCACAACACUUGAGCCCCCUGGAAAAUGUCUGCUUUGAUUUCAUUUUUAAAAGUCAAGUCUCUAGUCCCCACAGUAUAACAAAAUCUGUGCCUUCAUAUUGAAAAUAAAAAUUAUUAUUUAUACCCCGCCCAACUGGCCGAGUUUCCCCAGCCACUGUGGCGUUCCCAAUCAAGUGUUAAAAAUAAUACAGCAUUAAAUAUUAAAACCUUCCCUAAACAGCCUUCAGGUGUCUUUAAAAAUAGGAUAGCUGCUUAUUUCCUUGACAUCUGAUGGGAGGGCAUUCCAAAGGCGGGUGCCACUACCGAGAAGGCCCUCUGUCUGGUUCCCUGUAACCUCACUUCUUGCAAUGAGGGAAUCGCCAGAAGGCCCUCGGCGCUGGACUUCAGUGUCUGGGCUGAAUGAUGGGGGUGGAGACGCUCCUUCAGGUAUACAGGACCAAGGCUGUUUAGGGCUUUAAAGGUCAGCGCCAACACUUUGAAUUGUGCUCAGAAACGUACUCGGAGCCAAUUCAGAUCUCUCAGGACCAGUGUUAUGUGGACCCGGCAGCCGCUCCCAGUCACGUCUAGCUGCCGCAUACUGGAAUAAUUGCAGUUUCCAGGUCACCUUCAAAGGUAGCCCCAUGUAGAGCGCAUUGCGAGACAGUCUGCGGGCAGGUAGGGUCUCAGCCUGCGUACCAUAUGGAGCUGGUUAACAGAAUUAACCUGCACCUCCAUGGACAGCUGUGAGUCCAAAAUGACUCCCAGGCUGUGCACCUGGUCUCAGAAGAGUUCCAGGAGGACUCUGGAAGCCCUGGGACUUAAUAUAAAAUGGGGCUCAGCCUCAGGGUUUGCUAAGGCUUAGUUGUGGGUUAUGUGAAGAGUGUUUCUGAGCAUGCGUAUGUUGCCAUUCUGCCACCUCUGUGUUACCAUAGCUAGCCCCCAGACAUCUGAUUUGAUCAAGUAAGCAGGGUUUAAUUUCUAUUAAUAAUUUUUAAAAACAGAGGUACUCAGGAUACAACCUCUGCCUUCAAACCACUGUCUCUAAUUCUGAACAUAUGAUACUGUCAUUGAGGGAGGAUUUUACUUUGUGCAUGCUCAGAGACAGCAUGAGAAAAGUGGCUAUUCCCCCGCACCCUUCCUUGUUCCUAAUCUGAGAACUAGCGAUCACCCAAUGAAAUAAAUGGACGUCGAGUUCAGGACAUAACCGUAGGAAGCACUUCAGGGCUGGCAAAACUGGUGGGAAUCUGCUGCUGCAAGAGGUGGCUUGGAUGACUCAAAAACAGAUUCAAUACAUUCAUGGAGGCUGCAAGUCUAUCAGCAGUUGGAGUUAGCCAUAGUUCAGUGGAAACUCCAGCUCCAGAAGCUGUCUACCUUUGAAGCUGAUGGAGAGCAAGGCAGGAGAGGUUUGUGUGGGAAACAGGAGGUGGUAGGAGCUUCUCUAUGUUCUUCAGAGAGGACGGGGUUGCAAACCCCAAGCUGGUAGUGAAGGGAGGUGAUUUAGACUCUGGUGCUGGUGUCCUUUCCAAAUUAUUAAUAUUAUUCCAAGCAUUUAUUGCUAUUCAUUAUUAUUAUUUAAGAUGGUAAUGCAUAGUGCUUCGGCAAACCAGACAGACCCUCUUCCGUAGGGCUUUCUCCUUCCAAGUUCUCUCAGCAUCACAGCCAACUUCUUAAGGCCUUAUUCGGCCCCAUCAAUAAAAUAUUUUAGGGGGGCUGGGCCCCCCAAAGGUGAUGUACAUUCAUUGCCAUUAAAAUGAUGUCUGUGUGCCGCAUCAUGUGAUUAUGUGGGGCGGGGCUUACCUGCCCCCCCCAUUAUUUUAUUCAAGUUGGCACCCCUACUUCCAUGGCUAUAGCCAGGAUUUAUGGGGGGGGGCAGGACACUCACCUGUCACCAUCCUCUAUGUCUCUUGUCUGGCAGAUUCACGGGCGUAGCCAGGAUUUUUGUUAGGGGGGUGGCAGCCAAAGUUGUCAAGCUUUUUCUAGAUCACCCCCUAAAGUAGUUGUUGAACUUUUUUGGGAAAUCACAGGUAGAAAAUACCCCCACUGCGGGAAGCAAGCUUUCAUAAGGGGGAGGAGGGCAGAACCUCAAUUAAUUGAGUACUUUCAAUGCUUUUCAAUAAUUUUUGUGCUUGGGAGCGUCCUCUUGGCCCAUGAGCAGUUUUGGACUGAAUGUCUCAACAGUUGUUUUAUCUUCCUUUUGUGCUCAUGAAAACUAUCCUUCUACAAUUUCUACUUUUAGUUUUAAGUAUUGUUAUUUAUUGACUUUAUUGAUUGAUUUAUACGCCCAUGCCUACUUCUCAGUGGUGCCUUGGCCUAUUCUGCGCCCCCCCCCCCACCUUCUGCCCAGCCUCCAACAACCCCGACGGGUCCUACUAGCCUCGACGUGCCCAACUCAGCCCCGGGCGAGAGCGGCGCGCCAUCGGGCUCCCUCCUUCCCGGGCCACGUGUGGCUGAGCGCAGGCGGCGGCGCCUCUCCGCUCCUCCCGCACCUGAUUAGAGAAGCAGCUCCGUCGGUCGACUGAGCGAGCCCGGCCGGGAGAUAAGGCUUAUCGCGCCGUCCGCCUUCGGGCUUCUCGCCAUCCCCAUCUCCGAUAAGGAAGGCUGGCUGGUCCACGUGCGCCUGCUUCCUCCGGAGCGAAGCGGGGAGAAGCGGAGACCUUGGCGCGUUAGGAAGCAACCCCGCCAGAACGCCGCUGCGCGCAAAAGGAGUCUGGCGCGUAAAAACGCGCACCGACGGGACCUCCGCGCAACGUGCCGCGCCGGAAGCAAAGAACAGGUGGUAGAGGGGGUUUCUAGAGAACGGGCAGCUCUAGGGCUUGAGUCCUUUGCAAGCUUCUGGGGCUGGAGGCGGGCAAUUGGGGGGGGGGGGAGAGAAAUGAAGAAAGCACUCGCUUCUCAAAAUUAAAACGAGACCCAUGUAGGGGAUGCCGACUUGAAUAAAAUAUUGCGAGGGGGCGGGGUAAGCCCCAUCCCGCAUAAUCGAUCACAAGACACACACCAUUUGAAUUGCAAUGCUCAUCAACUUUGGGGGCGCCCUCAAGUAUUUUAUUGAGGGGCUGCCAAAGGGACUUCAGCCCCUAGGAGUUGGCUCCUAUGGUUGCAGCCAACUAAAUUAUACUCUUUGAGCAGACCCGUUUGACUUAAUGGACCUAAGUAAGCCAUGCCUCUUAAUCGCAGUGGGUCUGCUCUGAGUAUGACUAAAUGGAUACCACUGUUAAUAUCAGCAUGGAUGGUACUGUUUCUUGACAAAAGCAGGAUUGGCACUCAUGCCCAAAUCACUAAUGUGGAAAUUAUUGAAUCAGUGUCACUGGAGAGUAUGCCCUGUCUGCUGCUGACCCUCCAAGUGGAAUGCUCUCCCCAGGGAAGAUUGCCUGGCACCUUCAUUAUACACCUUUAGGCGCCAGGCAAAAACGUUCCUUUUUAACCAGGCCUUUGGCUGAUCAGAUUUAUAUCCUAUGCCCUUUUAAAAUGUGUUUUUUUGUGGGGAGAGGGGUAUUGGGUUUCUGUUUUUAUUUUUAUUGGUAUUUUGUGGUUUUAUAUCUUGAUUUUAUUCUGUGAACCACCCUGAGACCCCCGGGUAUAGGACGGUACAGUGGUACCUCGGGUUAAGUACUUAAUUUGUUCCAGAGGUCUGUUCUUAACCUGAAACUGUUCUUAACCUGAAGCACCACUUUAGCUAAUGGGGCCUCCUGCUGCUGCCGCGCCACCAGAGCACGAUUUCUGUUCUCAUCCUGAAGCAAAGUUCUUAAACUGAAGCGCUAUUUCUGGGUUAGCGGAGUAACAUGAAGCAUAUGUAACAUGAAGCAUAUGUAACAUGAAGCAUAUGUAACCUGAGGUACCACUGUAUAUAAAUUCAAACAACAACAACAACCUAAUUUUCAUCAGAGGAACGUUGGAGGGUAUGUGACCAGGGCCGUCUUAUGCAUAUCUGGCACCAUGGUGCAAAGCGCCCUCUGGCACACACACACCCCAUUCCCCAGAGUUUUUUAGGGAGGACGGCGCUGCCUCAGGGCUCGAGGAGGUGGGCAGUGGCUGGAGGGCGGCUCCUUCGGCAGGGGAAGAGGCUGGACGUGGCAGCUCCCAGCUCAGCUGGCCACUUCAUGCCACAGUGGCCAUGGCAGACAGAGGCUCCGGGCACGGCACUGCUUCAGCACGGCAUGGUAGAAGCGGGCGAGGACGGCAAGCUGAUGCUGGGAGGCGCCACCUCCAGCCUCCGCCUCUUUCCUGGCACCCUCCAGAACUUGGAGCCCUGGCGCCCCACACUACUAGCCUCUAUGGGUAAGACGCCCCUGUGUGUGACCCUCUCUCAGAUCCAAGAGGCCUUCCCUUUUGAAAACCUAGAUCACUGAAAUCGUAUUUAAUUACGGGAAAUAAUCAGAAGCUCUGGCAACAACACCUCAGCCAUAAUGAGGUUUCACCUCCUCCUAGAGGUGUCAAGGCCUUAUCUCACUUGCUUGUCGAAACACACAGGCAGACAGACACACACAAAGUCGCCCAUGUCUGCUGGCUGGGUCUGACGGGGCAUUGUAGUCCAAAACAUGCAGAGGACACUAGCUUUCUAAAGUCUUCUUCAUACCACCUUCUCACUCCUUUUGUUCUCCUCAGGCCAUGCCUUACUCAUUGCUCUGUUCCUUCAGGGUCAAACUGCCCGUGAUGUUGAGUCAUGGAGAGUUUUCUUCUGUUCAAUGUUUCCAGUUUCCCCCUUUUACAAAAGGCACUUCUUGGAGGCUGCAGUUUCCCACAGAAGAUUUGAAGAGAAAGGUUGGGCCCCUUUACUCCUCAGGUUCCCCAGCCGCACCAUGCAGAAAAUGGCCUCCUCUAACCUGAUUUUCCUCCUCCAGGCGAACAGAUGCAGGUAUCCCUGCAGCUGAAUUUUGUUAACAUGGGGAAGGAAAUAUAAGGCUUACUCACCCACUGUGAGCCUCAAAGCAUUUCCUGAACUAUCCUAGCAUUGCCUUAUUUAUGCUUAGGCUGCCCUCUGCUUCUCCUCCACGGGACUUGUUUCGCCAAAAUAUUCCCAAGUCGUGUUACAGCUUCUUAACACUCCUCAUCUGGGGAAUUUGAAAGUUGGAAAAAUUCAACACGCCCUAAUCUAGCCAGGCUGGUGAGAGGGAUGUUUUUUGGAGAGAGUCUCAAGGGCCAGACUGAGCUCUGGAGGGCUGUGCUAAAAAGCUGAAUAAUAAUAAUAAUAAUAAUAAUAAUAAUAAUAAUAAUAAUAAAUUUAUUAUUUAUACCCCGCCCAUCUGGCUGGGCUUUCCCAGCCACUCUGGGCGGCUUCCAACAAAAUUUUAAAAUGCAAGUAAUGCAUCAAACAUUGAAAGCUUCCCUAAACAGGGCUGCCUUCAGAUGUCUUCUAAAAGUCUGGUAGUUGUUGUUCUCUUUGACAUCUGGUGGGAGGGCGUUGCACAGGGCGGGUGCCACCACCGAGAAGGCCCUCUGCCUGGUUCACUGUAACUUGGCUUCUUGCAAUGAGGGAACCGCCAGAAGGCCCUCGGCGCUGGACCUCAGUGUCUGGGCAGAACAAUGGGGGUGGAGACGCUCCUUCAGAUAUACUGGACUGAGGCCAUUUAGGGCUUUAAAGGUCAGCACCAACACUUUGAAUUGUGCUCGGAAAUGUACUGGGAGCCAAUGUAGGUCUUUCAAGACUGGUGUUAUGUGGUCUCGGCGGCCGCUCCCAGUCACCAGCCUAGCUGCCACAUUCUGGAUUAGUUGUAGUUUCUGGGUCACCUUCAAAGGUAGCCCCACGUAGAGCGCAUUGCAGUAGUCAAGCAAGAGAUAACCAGAGCAUGCACCACUCUGGCGAGACAGUCCAUGGGCAGGUAGGGUCUCAACCUGCGUAAACAUCCUCUGAUUAUUCACAUUGCUCAGAAAGGGGGUUUCCUUCCUUCCUUCCUUCCUUCCUUCCUUCCUUCCUCCCUUUCUCUCUCUCUCUCUUUUUUCAAUGUUGCAUUAUUUAGACCCGAUCCUAUAAAGCCAUUCACACAAAAUGCCUUUUAAUAAUUUUCUUUCCUCCAUUUCCAAUUCUCAUUUCGGGGGGUCAGGCCAAUGCCCCAUCUCGUCCAGCAGCCUGUUCUCACAGUGACCCACCAGAUGGCUGUAGGAAACCCACAAACAAGAGCCCUCUCUCCCUCCUGCAGUUUCAGAAGCACUGCUGCCAGAGAGCAUUGCCAUCACAGCCGGUAGGCCUUCUGCAGCUUGAACGUCUCUGCUCCUGUCUAUCGUCAGUCUCAAAUGAACCAUGCUUUCUGGGAACCUUUCGAAAAGCCCUUUGACCUCAGUUCUUGCCUGCUCUCAUCGUCCACUGGGAAACCGGUUCCCUUGGCAGGGCAGGGUGUGCAUGAGCAAUGUGGGUCAGGAAUAAUAAUAUUAAAGGAGCCUUGGCCGUUCGGGCACAGAACAUCACAUUGGGUUAGCAGGCGAAUUGCACCGUGGUUUUGAGCAGGAGCGAGGAUUGGCAUGUUGGUUCAUAAAGAUGACAGUGAGCAAAUCAGGGGACACAUGUCUGGCUAAUUCAGGUCGGCAAGGCAUGCUGGUGCUUCUGUGGCAAAGGGAAGGAGAAUGGAGAGGCGUUUGGGGAGCAGAUUGCAGUGUUUGGGUGCGUCCAGAACAGUGCUUUAAGGUCCACAAGAUGCUUUUCUGUUUACAGUCAUACCUCAGGUUACAGAUGCUUCGGAUUGUGCGAUUUCGGGUUGCGCAUUGCGCCAAACCCGGAAGUACUGGAGCAGGUUACUUCCAGGUUUCUGCGCAUGCGCAGAAGCACUAAAUCACUCUUUGCACAUGCGCAGAAGCACCGAAUCAUGACCCGCACAUGCGCAGAUGCGACGCUGCAGGUUGCGGACGCUGCGGGUUGCGAACGUGCUUCCCGCACGGAUAAUGUUCACAACCUGAGUGUCCACUGUAUUUGAUCAAAUGUCUUGCAAGCAGGCGCGGUUUCCAUUCCCAAACUCACCAGAACUCGGUUCCGGCGCCUCUCAGGUGGGCGCCAUUAUAAGAGAGCAAGGGAGGCGUUCAGGGUGAAGUUCUGGCACCCUGAAAAACAGCACCGCUUGCAAGGAAUCUCGUAUAUCACAGCUGCCGUUCUGCACAUUCAUUUCCAUUUGAUUUCCCUCUUCCCCUUUUAAGAUGAUUCAGCCCAUAUCUGCUGUCAACACCUUGCUAAUUCCCCAUCCCUCCGCUAAUUACCAGAAAUGCACCAGACAGCCGCAAUGUCUGCCUUUUCCCCCAGUAGCCAUCACAGUCCAGAAAAUUGCUUCUAACCACGCACACACGUGUGUUGUAAUUCCUUCCCGGGGGUGGGGUUGGGAGUGGGGAUGGGGCAGGGCAGGCAUCCAAUCAGGUUCUUCCAGGCAGCCUUGUUCAUGAUAACAUCAUGAUGGUUAUAAGUGAUGCCCCUUCAAUACAGUUUGCGCCUGUGAAAGUUUCGGAGCAGACAUAACUGCCCUGAGAAUUCAUGCCAAAAUCCCAUAACGUUUUAAUGCCGCAAAUGUUGUAGGGUUGUUGUGUAUUUUUUGCAAAGGGUUAGGAUUAGGUCUUUUCUUUUUUGCCCUGCUUUUGUUUGUUGCCCUACAGCUCAAGAAGACCCCUUCCUGUGGCAAUAAUGUGGUAUUGUGCGAGAAGCAUUGCAGGGCAACUGAUGAAGUGGAGUGAUGUGUGGACAUAGAAUUAUAGAAUAGGAAGGGACCCCGUGGGACAUCUAGUCCACCCCCCCCCCCGGGAAUACGGGAAUCUUUUGGCCCAACGUGGGGCUCGAACCCACACCCCUGAGAUUACGAGCCUCAUCUUCUACGGACUGAGCUAUCUGCUACAGGCCAGUGUAAAUCCACCACUAUUCCUCUAUGAAUGUGUCCAUGACAUGCAAAAACAAGAGAGAGAGCAGAAUCGCCCAUCCAGAAAUAACAAUUCCCAGAAAUGUAGCUUUUCCUAGCGAUGGAAAACAAACAUUACAACACUUAAUCCAGGCAUAGGCAAACCUCCAGAUGUUUUGAGACUACAAUUCCCAUCAUCCCUGACCACUGGUCCUCUUAGCUAGGGAUGAUGGGAGUUGUAGUCCCAAAACAUCUGGAGGGUCGAGUUUGCCCAUGCCUGACUUAAUCAGCACAGCUGGGUAUCCUUCCCAACUUUAUUUAACCCCAUUCUUCAGUCACAGAGAAGCUUACAGGUGAUGGCGUGGUGGGAGACAAAGGCAGCCCCUGCCCUCAGGCCUGCAAUCUAACACGACACAAAAGGAAAAUGGAUUGGAAGGGAGAAGGAAAUCAAGCAGAGAUUUUAGAAAUGUGGUUUGAUAGAUUGUGGUGCCCAGGAUUAAGUUUGUAAAUCGUAUGGAUGUUCUUCAGCUAACAGUAAGGUCCUGUGCUGGCAGGCAACAACCUUGGGUGACCAGGAAUGAGAGCUGACCACCAUACAGUGGUACCUUGGUUUACAUAUGCUUCAGGUUGCAUACGCUUCAGGUUACAGACUCCGCUAACCCAGAAAUAGUGCUUCAGGUUAAGAACUUUGCUUCAGGAUGAGAACAGAAAUCGUGCUCCGGCGGCGCGGCAGCAGCAGGAGGCCCCAUUAGCUAAAGUGGUCUUCAGGUUAAGAACCGUUUCAGGUUAAGAACGGACCUCCGGAACGAAUUAUGUACUUAACCUGAGGUACCACUGUAUAUAUUUCCCACAAUGUCUCCCCUUGUAGCAUUGUGACUGCAGGCAGUUGUGGAAUGUUAAAAUGGCAGUUUCGAGGCUCACCACUGGAGAAGGCACUGAAGAGGCAGGCACAAUGGCAACACUCUACUCAAUCCAGGAGUGUAAUGUGCUGAACAGGGCAGCCUUGCCCAUCCUGGCAGUUGUUUUGGACUAUGACUCCCCUGAGCCAGGCUGAUGGGAGUUGUAAUCAUCGUCAUCAUCAUCAUCUGACGGGGUUGCCCCUACCAUUCUGGGUGGCUCCCAACAAAAUAUUAAAAACACAAUAAAACAUCAAACAUUUAAAACUUCCCUAUACAGGGCUGCCUUCAAAUGUCUUCUAAAAGUCAGAUAGUUGUUUAUUUCCUUGACAUCUGAUGGGAGGGUGUUCCACAGGGCAGGCGCCACCACUGAGCAGGCCCUCUGCCUGGUUCCCUGUAACCUCACUUCUCGCAGUGAGGGAACCACCAGAAGGCCCUCAGUGCUGGACCUCAGUGUCCAAGCUGGAUGAUGGGGAUGGAGACGCUCAUUCAGAUAUACUGGGCCGAGGCCGUUUAGGGCUUUAAAGGUCAGCACCAACACUUUGAAUUGUGCUCGGAAACAUACUGGGAGCCAAUGUAGGUCUCUCAGGACCGGAGUUAUAUGGUCAUGGCGGUCACUCCCAGUCACCAGUCUAUCUGCCGCAUUCUGGAUUAGUUGUAGUUUCUGGGUCACCUUCAAAGGUAGCCCCACGUAGAGCGCAUUGCAGUAGUCCAAGCGGGAGAUAACCAGAGCAUGCACCACUCUGGCGAGACAGUCCGCGGGCAGGUAGGGUCUCAGCCUGCGUACCAGAUGGAGCUGAUAAACAGCUGCCCUGGAAACAGAACUGACUGCCACUGGCACACAGCUCAGUAUGAUUCCCCCUCACCCCUUUUGGAGGGAGAAACGCAGACUAAUCCUCUGGCUGAUGGGGGAGUUUGCUCUUCCGCCAUGAAGGUGUGGGUGCAUGCAUGAAAUGGGUGGGGCCAAGACAUUACCAUUGAUUUGCCUGAGAGAGUCUUGCACCCAGAUCUCACCCAGACCCGGGUUCAGCUCACCCCCACUCAAAACCCUCUCCCUCUCAGCUUUAAUUCCAAUGGAGUCUCUGCAGCUUGAAAGGUACACCAUACAGGCACCCUGAGGAAGUUCCUAUCAUUUUGCUGCUGUGAGAUUUGCUCUCGACUCAGUGGGACUUCUCUCUCUCUCUCUCUCUCUCUCUCACUAGUCACGACAGACGCCAGAAGGUGAAUUCCUGCCACUAGACCAAUGCGAGCUCGACGUUGGAUUCGGAACUGGGGCCGACCAACUGUUCCUCGUUUCUCCUCUCACCAUCUGCCAUGAAAUCAACGAAAAGAGCCCUUUUUUUGCCCUCUCGCAGAGAUCGCUGCGGAGCGAGCAGUUCGAGAUUGUCGUUAUCCUGGAAGGCAUCGUCGAAACUACAGGUACAGUGCUGAAUAAUAAUAAUAAUAAUAAUAAUAAUAAUAAUUUGCAUAGUGCAAAGAUGGGGGCCACUGUGGGAUUUCAGGUGCUGCCAGAAUACAUCUCCCAUGGUUAGCCCAGCCAGUAGAGCAUGAGACUCUUAAUCUCAAGGUUGUGAGUUUGAGCCCCAUUCUGUGAUUCUUUUUAUAUAUACAGUGGUACCUUGGGUUACAUACGCUUCAGGUUACAUAUGCUUCAGGUUACAGACUCCGCUAACCCAGAAAUAGUGCUUCAGGUUAAGAACUUUGCUUCAGGAUGAGAACAGAAAUUGUGCUCCGGCGGCACAGCAGCAGCAGGAGGCCCCAUUAGCUAAAGUGGUGCUUCAGGUUAAGAACAGUUUCAGGUUAAGAGAGCCAGUGUGGUGUAGUGGUUAAGAGCAGUAGUCUUGUAAUCUGGGAAACCGGGUUCGCGUCUCCGCUCUUCCACAUGCAGCUGCUGGGCGACCUUGGGCCAGUCACACUUCUUUGAAGUCUCUCAGCCCCACUCACCUCACAGAGUGUUUGUUGUGGGGGAGGAAGGGAAAGGAGAAUGUUAGCCGCUUUGAGACGCCUUAAGGGGAGUGAAAGGCGGGAUAUCAAAUCCAAACUCUUCUUCUUCUUCUUCUUCUUAAGUACAGACCUCCAGAACGAAUUAAGUACUUAACCCGAGGUACCACUAUACAUAUACAUUUUUAUUAGUUUUUUUAAAAUAUCAUUUCCAACAAUCAUAUAACAUAACUUUUUAUCUUAUACAAUAUUUUAGACUUCCGUCAACACCUCUGGUGAUUUUCCGUUCCUUAUCACUUAUUCUGCAUUUCUUAAUUUCGCUAUUACUCUUAAUUAUCAUUAACUAAUAGUUCUCCUCAUAGUCUUUCAGAUAGUCAUCCUUACAAAACUUAUUGCAAUCCUACUAGCGUAAUCUGUUCAUUACAGUUACUUUUCAAAUAGUUCGUAUAUUUACUGUUCUAAGAAUCUCUGGUCCCAAAGAUUUCGAAUCCUUCCUGUUAAUUUAUCCAUUUCUGCAUAGCCCAUCAAUUUCAUCCACCAUUCUUCUUUCAUCAGUGAUUCUUCUUGCUUCCAUUUUUGUGCCAAGACAAUUCUGUGAUUCUAUCCCAGACCACUGGCCUUGCUGACUGGGGCUGAUGGGAGCUGGAACCCACCACAUCUGGGGGCCACAGGUCCCCCGUCCCACUGUUCCCUGGGAAGAGGGGUUGGCUGUUAAACCCCUCUGGGAAUUGUAGCUCUGUGAGGGAAAUGGGGUCUCCUAAGAGCUCUCAGCACCCUUAAGAAAUGACGGUUGUUUCGUCUUUGUGUGGCUGUUCAAAGUGGUAUUAUACUGCUUUAAAAGGGUGGUGUGUUUGUGGCCCUAGAAGUUUGCCAGAAAACAAACGUCCGUUCUCCGCUUCUUCUUAACCCGCCAAAAACGUGGCCCACAUCAGCUUCUCAUGAAGCAAAAGGCUAAUUGGACAGCGUCUGAAGGACUUAGAGCAACAGAAGAAUCUGGCCGUUAUAAAGAAAUUCUGUCCUUGGUAUGCCUUUUUUCCCCCUUCUCAGUUUGAUUCCCUGGCACCAUAUUUGUAACUAUCCCAAAAUACAGACGUGCCUUCACACUGGCCAGAUUGGAUGUGAUGCCCUCUGCCGUACUUGAGGGCAGAUACCAAAAGAUGCCAACUGCAAAACGACUUUGCCCCUGUGGAGAUGGUAAUCUGGAAACAGUGGCUCAUGUUCUCCUGUCCUGUCCCCUUUAUAAAUAUCUGAGGAAUGAGAUCAUCACCCCACUCUUACUUACCAUCCCAGGCCACCCAUCUGCGGCCACAUUGUUCUUUCUUUUAUCAGAUCAAAAUGAUCAGACAACAGCGAAGGUUGCUAGGUUUAUCGAGGGUGCAAUGAGAUUAAGGGCCACUAUCUGAACGAUAAUCAUGGUCAUUUGAUUGCCCUUUUUACCCAUUGCUGUCUUUUUUUAUUCGUAUAUAUUGCUUGUUUUAUGUUGCUAUGGCCAUUGGCUAAUGCGAAUAAAGUUUAUCUAUCUACCGUAUUUUUCGCUCUAUAAGAUGCACCAGACCACAAGCCGCACCUAGUUUUUGGAGGAGGAAAACAAGAAAAAAAAAUUCUGAAUCUCAGAAGCCAGAACAGCAAGAGGGAUCGCUGCGCAGUGAAAGCAGCAAUCCCUCUUGCUGUUCUGGCUUCUGGGAUAGCUGCGCAGCCAGCAUUCGCUCCAUAAGACGCACACACAUUUCCCCUUACUUUUUAGAAGGGAAAAAGUGAGUCUUAUAGAGCAAAAAAUACGGUAUCUAAAAAAAACGUGGCCAGCUUCUGCCAGCUCUCCAAGAAAAGUCCUUUCCUGGUUCUGCCCACUGAAUCAGGUGUUUUCAUCAUCGCAAGCUGGCUGGCUGGCUGCCACUCUCCUCCUGCCCUGCUGCUCUCAAGGAAAGAGAAAGAAAGGGAGCCCUGGCUUCUGUUAGAAAAGUAGGACACCCUAGUUGUUGGAGGCUCCCCAUUCCUCUGUGUGUUUAGCCUGGAAGCCUAUCUGCUUCAGAGGGAAGAGUCUAGCAAAUGUGACUGUUACAGAGAGAUUAAUGAUGUGACUUCCGCCUCUGGCUCUAUAGUAAUGAGCCUUGAUUCUGUAGUGUAUAGCACAACGAAAGAGAUAAGUGGGUUUUUCUCUCUCUCUCUUUUAAAGAGCUCUCAUUUACAGUUCUUGAAAGAGGAGAGGUCCUGUUCUAUUGGGAUAGGGAAGCAAAGAGCGGCCUCACGUUAUUCCAGGGCUUAAUUUGGGCCAGCCCACCUCAGGUGUCAAUUGGGGAAUCUGCCAACUCAGCCCCAGGACCAGCUUUCAAGUUUGGCAGCAGUCUCCCCGCUGCACUUUGAAAACUGUUCUGUGUGAAGUUGCAGCAGCUCUAAAGCCAGCUAGGCAAGCAAAAUGUGUGGGAUGGUUUAUCAAUGGGCAGGAGAGGAUAUAUUAGUUGCAAUUUAUCCCUCCAAUCUCUGUUGGGUGUGGGGGUCGAGUGGAGUAUUAAAACCUGAUGCUGUGAAGCCUUUCAUUUUAUGAGUCAAUCCCAGCCAACGAAAUAGGUUGGCUUCCCCUUUGUUUCCCUCUUAAUAAAAGAAUCAGGCAACAACUUAUAAAGUAAGCUUAAAAUAUAUUGUUUACUUACUUGGCAGUCUUGCACGGGAACACAGCAAAGGCAGCAGCAAAAUUGUGCAGGUAAAAUACUUCUUGGUUUCAACAGCCAAAGUUAAAUACAGUCAUACCUCGGGUUGAAGUAGCUUCGAGAUAAGUAUUUUCAGGUUGUGCGCUGCGAUGACCUGGAAGUAACGGAGCACGUUACUUCCCUGUUUCGCCGCUCAUGCAUGCACAGAUGGUCAAAAUGAUGUCACGCGUAUGCGCAGAAGCAGCGAAUCGCAACCCUCACACCUGCGGACGCAGGUUGCAUUCGCUUCUGGAUGUGAACAGGGCUCCGGAACGGAUCCCAUUCUCAUCCAGAGGUACCACUGUACAGAAAUGGAGUCUGCGCUCGGGGAGAGUACAGAUAGAUAUCCGUCUGCAUGAAAGAUAUUGUGAGAAAGAGAGAGAGACAGAGAAAACAGACAGAUGAGGAGGAGAAGGCUUUAUAUCUCCCAUUUCUUCCCGCCACUGGAAGCAGGGGAAAUUACAUUACACAGAGCCCUCUCUCCACCAGUUACAUUUCUAUGGUCUAAGUCUGCCUAUCUAGAAAUUUGCAGCUCUGUGGUCAUUAGCUACUAGACUUUCCAAUGUUAGAUUUCAACUGCUAAUCUGCAAAAUGCUCUUCCGCUGACAUGUGCCUCGUGUUGUUGUGGCUUUAAAUUUGGUCUUUGAAAUUUAAACAGCACUGACUUGAAUAUGAGUCAGCUGACUUGCGCAGUCAUUACUUAUUUAUUGCUUCACCAGGGGCUGCCAUCGCUCCUCACUCUGCUCACCAACCCUGCCUACCCACCAAGACCCACUUUGGCCAAACCUUCCUUACCUUUAUACCUCACCCAUCCCAUUGCCUAUCCCCACAACCAUUGGAGGUGCUCCCCCCUCCAAUGAAUACAGCCUGUGGUCAUGUUGGCGUUGUUGUGGCCACCUAUUGGUGGCCACGUGAACUGCAACAUGACAACAGCCUUCCAUUUUUAUGUAUAUAGGCAGAUAGAAGGAUGAUCCCCAUUUGGCCUUUGAACAGCUUUUCUUAGCAGGUGAUGGCUGUGCCCUGGUGGUGCUUUAACUCUUUGACUCUCCUGUAUCAAGCGAGCAAAUAGACUAGAUGGCUGAUAAGGCUCCCUCCAACAGUUCUUAGACAUCAUCCUCUGACAUUUAUGAUCCUAUGAUAUUAGUGAGCACACAGGGAAAUGAGCCCUUGAUAAUAUGGGUAAUAUUGUUAGGCCCCAUCAACUUUAAACAGAGUUAACAGAGCAGCUGAAGGGGAAGAGUGGGUGUACGUAUUUAUUAUAUUUUUGUCCCACUCUUUUUCCAGCAAUCUCAGAGUAAGGCACAUUGUUUCCUCCCCGCCCAUUUUAGCUUCACAACAACAACCCUGAAAAGUAGGGCUCACAGCCCAAGACCACCCACGGCUGAGUAGGGAUUUGCACCUAUACCCAAGUACAGCACAUUAGCCGCUAUGCCACUUUGGCUCUCCGAGAGUGUAAGAAGAAUACAGCACAAAUCCAAGCAAAGGGAAGAUUUGCUUGGCAAAGGAUUCUCCUGGCGUUUUCGUCCAAGUCCUGAAAAACACAGUUCAGUAGCUGAAUGUCAAAGCCACGAGAAGCGCAAUUAAUUUUGUGGAUGCGUUCCAGCCCAACCAUCCUUGCUGCGUAAAUGUCAUUUGACAUUUUAAAUAGGAAAUUAUACGUUAAUCAAAUGUAACGUCAAGCGUAAUUUACACUUCUUAAAUCAGGUGCGGGGAGCCUCCAGCCCCCCAGGCAGAGUGCAGCCCUAUAGGGAAACUCUGGGACAUCCCUCUCUUCCCUAGACCCCUCCCCGGCCUGCUCUGCACACUCCUUCAAGCACUUUUCCCUGGCCAGAUUGUAUUUUUGAUCUGUGAUAAUGCGUCUUCCUUGCCUGGAUGGAAGAUGAAAAUAUUGGCAAGGCAGGAGGGUGGGGGCUGUAGAAACAUCUGGCUUCCGUAAGGCUGGAAUGUAGCUUCCUGUACAGAGGUAAGAGUCAUACCUCUUGCUCCACCCCCUUUUCCCCUGGCCCCACCCACCAGCGACACCCCACACUUGCUCAAAGAUUUUUCAUGAGAUGAUGUGGUCCAAAGGUCCACCUGGGGGGAAAGCAGGGUCAGCUGUUCAUGUUGUGCAGAUGCCUGAUUAUCGUCUUCCAAAGCAACUACUCUAUUCUGAACAUAAAAAUGGAAAGCGUAAUGCUGGUGGUCAGCAAAAGAGGUUUAAAGACUCUCUCUUUUUUAAAAAAAAAUAAUUUUUAUUCAUUUUCCAAACAAAUUUUGUACAUUCAACAAAUUAUUUUACACUCAUGCUUCAAGUUUUGACUUCCCUCAGUUUCUCUGUCAAUCUUUCGAAAAAAUUCUAUUUAUUGACGCAUUUCUAAACAUGAUUUUGCCUUUCACCACUCCUUUUCCUCUUACUCUCUUUUUUGCAGUAUUUCUUACUAUUUCACAGAGUCUCUUCAAAACCAACAAGCUUUGUCUGUGCAUCACAUAUAUUUUUCAGAUAUUCUUUAAAUUUCCCCCAGUCCUCGAUAAACUUUUGGUCUUUCUGAUAUCGAAUCUUCCCAGUCAAUUUAUCCAAUUCUGCAUAUUCGGUCAAUUUCCUUCUGCAUUCUUCCACUGUUGGAAUUUCUUCCUGUUUCCAUCUUUGGGCCAGAAGUAUCCUUGCGGCAGUCACUGCAUAUUGAAACAGUUUACAGUCUCUUAUUGAUUUCGUUUCCUACCAUUCCUAAUAGAAAGUCUUCUGGUUUUUUAACGAACGUAUAUUUCAACAUCUUUUUCAAUUCAUUGUAUAUCAUUUCCCAGAAGUCUUUCACCUUUUUACACUCCCACCACAUAUGAUAGAAAGUACCUUCUUUUUCUUUACAUUUCCAACACUUAUUGCAUGUUUUAUACAUUUUGGCCAGUUUAACUGGUGUUAUAUACCAUCUGUAAAACAUUUUCAUUACAUUUUCUUUCAACGCAGUACAUGCCAUAAAUUUUAGCCUUUCAUUCCAUAAUUUCAUCCAAUCAUCAUACUGUAUAUUGUAACCAAAGUCUCUUGCCCAGUGUAUCAUUACUACUUUUACCUCUUCAUCUUUUGUAUGCCACUCCAGCAACACUUUAUACAUUUUAAAAAGGUUUAAAGACUCUCUCAAGGCAAAUCUUAAGAAAAUGUAGUAUAAACACUGACAACUGGGGAACACCGGCCUGUGAGCGCUCCAGUUGGAGAACAGCCUUUACCAAAGGUGUCAUGGGCUUUGAAGAUGCUUGAACUCAGGACAAAAGGGAGAAAUGUGCCAAGAGGAAGGCACAUUUGGCAAACCCUCACCAUGAUCAGCUCCCUCCUGGAAACCUAUAUCCUGACUGUGGAAGGACGUGCUUUUUUUCCUAUUUAAAAAAUGUUUAGGGGUGCUCUCAUUUUCCCACUCAUAUUGAAAUACUGCCCCUCAAUGAGGUCAAACUUAGAUUCACAAUAUGUUUAGGAGUAUGUGUACCCCUGUGUACCCCCAGAAAAAAAACACUGCAUAUAGUUUAUUUCCUUGACAUCUGAUGGGAGGGCGUUCCAUAGGGCAGGCGCCACUACCAAGAAGGCCCUCUACCUGGUUCCUUGUAACCUCACUUCUCGCAGGGAGGGAAAUGCCAGAAGGCCUUCGGAGCUGGACCUCCAUGUCUGGGCUGAACGAUGGGGGUGGAGAAGCUCCUUCAGGUAUACUGGGCCUUUGAGGCCGUUUAGGGCUUUAAAGGUCAGCACCAACACUUUGAAUUGUGCUUGGAAACAUACUGGGAGCCAAUGUAGGUCUUUCAGGACCGGUGUUAUAUGGUCUCGGCGGCCACUCCCAGUCAAUAUAUCCUAAAGACACCACAAUCUCUGCUGACCUCUGUUCCAUGGAAACCAAACCAUGGGUAAGCCCCUGGAACCCAAGAGCUUCUCACUGCUUGGGAUGGCAUGACCAUAGCCCUUGUCUCCUAAAUCCUAGAAGAAUUGUGGGGCUGAGCAGCAGGAGGAAGACCAGGCUGUGAUUCCUCUCUGGGACCUGUGUGUUCAGAGGUUCCCCAUGUUGUCCAGAGGGUAAUCUCUACUAUUCAGAACCAGCUCUUGGGCUUGAACAAAACCCCUGAGCAUGUUGGAAUUCUGCCUGGGUCAGAGGAAUGUGCCACAGCGUAGGCACCGGCAGAUAUUCCUGUCGACCUCCCCGCGUCUCCACUCUGCUGAUAAGCAGGCGAGGUCCGGCGAUUCUUCUCAGAUGUAUGAGAGGAACACACCGUUCUUCCUCUCUCCCCUUUGGUGUCCCCAGGGAGGGAAAGAAGCAGACAGAAAACUAUUUACAUCAUUUAUUUCUGCCUCUUACAUCAGUACAGAGAAUCAUGUCUGCACUCAACAACAGCAAGAAGAAACUCCUCCCAAGUACAUCCAGUACGGGUCAUAAGACACACACACACUGAGCUAACAUCCGGUGCUCAGUACAGAAUGGACUGCCCCUUUGUUCCCAUGGCAACAGUCACAAACAUCCUGUCUGGCUUUCCAGCCACAAGCAGCUGGCUGAGCUGCUAGAGCCUUUGCUUGCUGCAGCAUUGGUGCUUUAUGGUAACAUACUCCCCUAAAGUAUCAAUGUGUGCCGCGAGCAAAGCGUCAUCCAGAGAAGAAAACAAACAGUUGUUAUAUUUAUAACAUUCCCCUGUUGUGUCAGUUCCACCCUUGGAACUACCCGCCACUGGUUUAACCAAUGUACCUCUCUGGUUGUCUGGCUUCCAAGGAAUGAGUGCUUCUGCAUUACCUUGGCUAGCUACCCUCUGUUGUGUCUUUGUCUCUGACGUAGACACUGCUUCAACCUGCUUUGAGUUGUUAACAAUAGCAACACAUGCAACAGCUAAGUUAGCAAACUCUUUUGAGUACCUCUUUGGUGGUACACCCUUUGUAACUCUCUCAGACCUGCGUAUGAGGUUCUGAUCUUCUGUGCUCACUGGUUCAACCUUUGGACUCUGUUGAGAACCAGUAGCAAUCAGUGGUUCUUCCUUCACCUGUGAAGGUCUAUCCAUUGUGUGAGAUUUCCUCUCAAUGACUGUUACAACUGAACUCUCUGAGCUCUCACUGUCAUCAUCAGUACUACUGAACUCAAUUAGAUCAAACUCAUCAUCAUCAUCAUCAUCAGAAUCGUUUCCUGUGGGAAAUGUCUGUACUAUCCGCUCUUGUUUUGGAGCACUCUCUAGGAACUUUGUGAGAAUCACCUGACCAGAUUCAGACAAAAUUACUCUGUAGAGACCCUUUUCAUAACCCACGAAAAUGCCUCUGGCAUUCUUUACUCCACCUGGAGCUUCUGUUCUCACAUGAGACCCGAAAACCUUAAAAUAGGCAACAGAAGGUUUUCUAUUGAACAGCUUCUCAAAAGGAGAACAUCCCAACUCUGUUGAGACCUUUCUCAACCACACAUGAAGAUAGGACGCUAGCGACUCAGCCCAAUAUUCAUGUGGCAAAUGUGAACUCAGCAAUUGCGCAUUCAUCCCCUUUUGCAAUUCUUUGUUCACUCUCACACAGACCCCCCUGUUCCACGCUUCUUGCGAGACUGCAACUUUGUGGUCUAUCCCUUUUCCAUCCAGGAACUUCUGAAACUUCUGUAACAGAAAAAUUUGCUUCUCAUCUGUGAAAAGACAAUCAAUGUUAGCAUCAUGCAUACUUUUAACCUUGUCACAAAACUCCUGAAACUUUUCUAAAGUUUCUUGCGGUUUCUCCAUCAUAUAAACCCAAGAAUAAUUAGUGAAACAAUCCACACACAAAAGGUAAUAUUUUGCACCGCCUCUAGAUGGUUCUAGAGGACCAAUCACAUCAGCAUACACCCGCUGAAAUGCUCUGUCGACCUUCUUGGUCUUAGUCACCUUCCUGGUGCUCACACUGGUCACACCUGCAAGAGAGAUUUCGUUAGAAUCAGAAGAAUUACAUUUCAUGUAAUCACUUUGAUCAAAAGUCAACAAAUACAGUCCAUCUUUCUCUUUGGCAGUAAGAAACAGUUCUCCAUCUUUGUAGAUCUUGCAGCUUUUAGCAUCAUAGGACAGUUUCAGUCCUUUCUUUGCAAUCUGCGACACGCUCAGCAGAUUAAAUCUCAGUUCUGGAACCAGGUAAACAUCACUUAUAGUCAAGUUCAGACUCUCAAGAUACACAGUCCCAAUUCCAGUCGCUUCCAACUCCUGACCGUUGGCCUGUUUCACAGUGAAGCUUUGCUUCCUCAACGUCGAAAAUAGUCCUCUGUGCGGGCACAUAUGAACCGUUGCGCCCGUGUCGAUUAUGAAUGCGUUCCCAACAUCUGGCGUGGUUCCUUUCGCCAUCAUAGCCUUUGCAGGUUUCACCUGGCACUUGGUACGGCUUUUGCCUGACGCCUGAGGCUUCGUAGAGCUGCUCUUUGCUCCUCUUGACUGGCGCGGCUUCUUACAGUUUCGCUGUAGAUGCCCAGUCUGUCCACAAUUGUAGCAUCGGACAGCACUCAAUGCUACACCAUGCUCUCCAGUAGCAUCAGCAGUGGGGAAUUAGAACUCUGUUCUUCCCUCCCCUGUCUUUUUCUUCCAGUGCAGCAAGUCUGUCGUGUUCAUUCAGGACCACAGCACAAACUCUCUCCGCGGUCAGCUGCGCGGCCGGUAGGGAACCAAGCUGACUGGCAACAACCUUGUAGGUGCGGCUAAGGCUGUUUAUCAUCAUGAAGCAAAACACUUCCUCCUGAAGACGGAAAUUGCGUUCCACCAUCUGUUGACGCAGAAACUUCAUUUCUGUCAGGUGCGCUUGAACAUCUCCAUCAGGCGCAAGUCUCAGAUUGGUCAAUUUCUCAAAAUACAGCAACGCUGAAGAACCAGCAUCUCUCUGAUGCGUUGUACGCAGCGUGUCCCAUACCUCUUUCGCAUUUUCUAAAUGCUGAACAUGCACCAACUGAUCAUCUGAGACACACAGAAUUAUAGCAGUCCUGGCCCUUACAUUCUGUGACUCCCAACCUCUGGUUGGUGCUGCAGGGAUGGGGUUUUCAAUUACAUCAAAAAGCCUCUGAUUCUGCAGCAGGGCCUUCAUCUUUACAGACCAAGAUGAAUAAUUGUCAUUGGUUAAGGGAGGUGGGCAAGGCAAACCUCCCCUUUCUUGGCAUCCAUCUUGAAGCCAAGCCUCCAGCUCACAAUGUCAAACAAACUGUAAAAUCCAACAGUUGUUUUUUCUUUUCUCACGCAGCAAACUGCAAAUUGUUUACGCUCUUUGCACCUGGCAGCUAAACUCAGGCUGCUAUUGAAAAGUCCCUUCCAAGAGCUCGUAAACCUUGUAGCCAAAACAUUCUCUGAUUUUGUUGCGCUUUCCCAGGCUCACACUCAGAGUCCAGCCCCUUUGCCAGUAACUUUCCAGGACCGUUACCUAGCAACAAUGCAUUUCAAUAGGACUUCUUAUCUACCACAAAAAUUUGUGGAAUGCAGGCUUCAGCCUUCAAGCUGCAGGCCUCUUCCUCCGGAGCUCUUGUUUUCUUUGAAACGCAGCUCCGUGAACCAGGGAAUUAAUCUUCCUGCGUUCACACUUUUAGCCCGAAAUGCAGCAUACCUUGAACUUCGUUGCUCUGGAAAACACCUCUUCUUUCCACCAGCUGUCUGUGGAGCCUCUGGCUUCUUUCAGACGCUUCUAUUCCUCCUUGGAGCAGAGGAGGACAAUCCACCAGCCUCUCAUGCAGAUGUCCGAUGAAUCGCAACCAUCCUCUGCUACCACUGUUGGAAUUCUGCCUGGGUCAGAGGAAUGUGCCACAGCGUAGGCACCGGCAGAUAUUCCUGUCGACCUCCCCGCGUCUCCACUCUGCUGAUAAGCAGGCGAGGUCCAGCGAUUCUUCUCAGAUGUAUGAGAGGAACACACCGUUCUUCCUCUCUCCCUUUGGUGUCCCCAGGGAGGGAAAGAAGCAGACAGAAAACUAUUUACAUCAUUUAUUUCUGCCUCUUACAUCAGUACAGAGAAUCAUGUCUGCACUCAACAACAGCAAGAAGAAACUCCUCCCAAGUACAUCCAGUACGGGUCAUAUGACACACACACACUGAGCUAACAUCCGGUGCUCAGUACAGAAUGGACUGCCCCUUUGUUCCCAUGGCAACAGUCACAAACAUCCUGUCUGGCUUUCCAGCCACAAGCAGCUGGCUGAGCUGCUAGAGCCUUUGCUUGCUGCAGCAUUGGUGCUUUAUGGUAACAGAGCAUGCACGAAAACGGAGAAAGGCUUUCCCGACGUUUUAUCUUAAUGUGCAUUCCGCGUCCGCUCGCAAGAGCAUCCUUCUCCAUUAUGCGUCUUGCAACCUUCAGAACCGCCCGGCUGAAUGUGGCAGUUAAAAGGGGGUUAAUGGAAAGCACAUAAGCAAAUCUAGCUAAGUCAAUAAAGGCCGCCCGGAGACUGACUGUCACCAGAUGGAACAGCAGGUGAUUUGUUACCUCCAUAGGAAACAGAACUGAUGGAUGAACUGUGCAAACUUAGCUCUGAUUCGCUCACUCUCUCGUCCCCCUUUGUAAAGCCAUAUGCUGCCCUUCCUGUCUCGUGAAGGCAGAGAUGUUAGCUAGUCCCACUGAAAUCGGUGCCAUGACUAACUUGUCCCAUGGAUUUCAGUGGGGCUACCUCAGGGACGCGGGUGGCGCUGUGGGUAAAACCUCAGUGCCUAGGACUUGCCGAUCGUAUGGUCGGCGGUUCGAAUCCCCGUGGUGGGUGAGCUCCCGUCUUUGGUCCCAGCUCCUGCCCACCUAGCAGUUCGAAAGCACCCCUAAGUGCAAGUAGAUAAAUAGGUACCGCUUUAUAGCGGGAAGGUAAACGGCGUUUCCGUGUGCUGCUCUGGUUCGCCAGAAGCGGCUUAGUCAUGCUGGCCACAUGACCCGGAAGUGUCUCCGGACAGCGCUGGCCCCCGGCCUCUUAAGUGAGAUGGGCGCAUAAUCCUAGAGUCGGACACGACUGGCCCGUACGGGCAGGGGUACCUUUAUCUUUAAGUUACUGAAGGUAAUGGGGCCCUUUAUAUGUCUAGCUGUCCUUUGUCAACAACAAAUCAUCACUGUUUUUUGUGUUGAAUAUAUGCUAUAUGGUAAUUUAUGGACCUAAUAGGUAUCUAAAGCCAUUUGCAUGUGCAGAAUGUAGGCACCCUAUAUAUAGAAAUGAGCAAACCAGUGAUAUUUUAGGGAGCAGGUUAGCAGGCAGGGCCCAUGAUUUACAUCAUAGGAGCCUACACAACCCAAAACAAAACACUGUUGCCGUAUGUAGGUUUUAUUUAAUUCGUUGUUUUGUCUUAUAUUUUGGAAAUGUACAGCCUUUUUUUUCUUUUAAAUUUUUUGGGGGGCCUCCAAGAGAGUGGGGCCCUAAGCUAUAGCUUGUUUAGCUUAUAAGUAAAUCUAGCACUGGGCUACCUUUGAGUCCAGCCCAGUAGUUCCAACCAUAGCUGCUUAAGGCAGCUUUUAGAAGGAAGCUUUUUCUGCUAACGCUACAGUGGGACUUAAGACAGACUGUGAACAUUGCAGUUCCGCACAGAGCAUGGUUUGGGGCUCAGAAUUUCACUACCUGAGAAUCACAGUUUUGUUUCUUUUCUUUUAAAGCAAAUUUCGAACACUCAGGGUAUGAAGGCACACCUGAAAGCAUGUAGGCAAUGCCUGACUGGAAUCAGAAGCCAGGGCGGUGGCUAAACAAGAUUCAUAGCUCCUCGUCCUCCUUAUCCACAAUUCAGUAUAAUGGUGCAAUCCUGUGCACUCAGAAAUAAGUCCCAUGGAGUUCAAGAAGGCUUACUCCCAAGUGAGUAUGUAUAGCAGGUGUGGGGAACCUCCAGUCCUCCCACUGUUGCUGAACUACAACUCCCAUCAGCCCCCACAAGCAUGGCCAAUGGCCAGGGGUGAUGGGAAUUGUAGUUCAGCGACAUCUGGGGGGGCUAGAGGUUCCUCACACCUGGCGUACAAGAUUGCAGUCUAAAUUAUGGAAGAUGGUUAUGCACUGUGCAAAACAAAACAACACACCAUCUAAAAUAAAACUGCUAUGUUAUGCUGUUUCUUUUGUAUUUUUGACAUCUGUUAAAUGCUUUCCUUUUUCAAGAAGCAUUCCAAGCAGAUAUUUUUAUAACAGUCGGAAUCUGUAUUGGGUUUGAAGUUGUGUGGUAUUGUUUUCCCCCCUAAAUAUGCAAUGCGAUUGUUUUAUGUAUGUUUUAAUUGUAUCAUGAAUUCAAGAUGCUUCGUAGGAAGCGGCCUAUACACAAAACAGAUAAGCGUACAAUAUAAGAGCAGGCAUUAAGCAAAGUAAGAGGAGAUACUAAAAUAGGUUUGAUUUGCAUGAUUUAUACAGAUCACCCCACAGAGCUUUUCUUGUCACAGGAUUAGGGUUGCCUGGGUGCGGAAUUUAUUAAUGUUGUUAAUGUUGUAGUUAUAAUUAUUUUUCAUCUCGGCGUACGCACAGCUCAGAAGGGACUUUGUCUUUUUCGAGCAGAAAGGGCCUUUGGGCAAUUGCUCAGGCAAAGCUAAGCAUGGCUUUAUAACGCCAAUCCUGAGAAUCACAGAAGAGACAGACGGCUGCUUUGCAAACUGUCGUACCAAUGGAUAACGCCAGCAGCACAAACUGGCGCAUAGUUUUCUAUGCUGGGAUCAGAAUGGAGAACUACAUACAUUGAUGCAGUUAUUUUCAAGUUGCUGGGUGCAAUUUUGCACACACACACACAACAAGCUGAUGCACACCCAGUGUGGUAGAUCCACAUAUGCAAACUCCAUUCUCCAGAUCAGGGCAUUUGUCCCUAAUAUGUAUAUUUAUUCUUUAAUAAUGCGGUGAAUGUUUAAUAUAGGAUGGGACACACUAAUAGCCAGAUUUUUACUGCCAAUGCUAAUCUCAAACGACAGGAGAGACACGUCUUUUCCCUUCCCCAAGAAUUCCUGCAGUCCUAGAUCAUCAAUCACUCACUGUCAUUUGUUGCCAUCGGAUAUUAGAGCAGACUCAUCUUCGGGCUGUGUCUCCCCGAGUAGCUCAAAUUAACCGGGUCUUCUCUAAUAGCAGGGGAGAUGAAUGAUGGAGCAGGUAGCUCAUGGAUUUGUGUAACAUAGUUGCAGAGAGACAGGAUAGGGACAUGGGGCAGGGUGGGGAAGAAUAGGAGGGUAGGAUGCUGCGGCUGCCCAAAUGCCCCUUGUAAGAGUGGCAUUCGCACAUGGGUUUAGCUGACCCUAGGAAGGAAGGGGUGUGGGAUAUGAUACAUAAGUAGCAGUCAAAUACAACAUUCCUUGUUUUCCUAGAGUGGACAUGCAGGGGAAUGUUUGGUCCAGCCAGUUGAAAACUUCCUGUUUCCUCCUGGCUGGGACAUACUUCCUUUGCAUGUGACUAGAGGUGGGUGUGACCUUACCUGCCCAGGUAACAAAGGACAACGUGCGAGAGUUUGCAGUUUGCUUGCCCCAACUCUUCUUGGUUGCGAGGGCAGGCUCCAUGCCCAAGACCCCAAAAAUUGGAGGUUGGGGGGGGGGUUCAAGAAAUUCAUUGACGCCUCCCUUUCCAUGGAGGUGCAGGCUGCAGCCACAGCAAAGGUGGCAUUUUUCCAUCGCCGUAUUAAGCAGUUGGUUCCUUAUCUUUCUCGCCCUGAUCUGGCCCCAGUGAUCCAUGCGACGGUCACCUCCAAGCUUGAUUAUUGUAACUCGCUCUAUGCGGGGCUGCCCUUGAAGGUGUCCCAGAAACUCCAGCGGGUGCAGAAUGCCACAGUGAGGCUCCUUACAGGGUCCUUGCCGCGGGAUCGCAUUCAUCCAGUGCUUUACCAACUGCACUGGCUCCCGGUGGAGUACAGGCUCAGGUUUAAGGUGCUGGUUUUGACCUUCAAAGCCCUAUGCAGCCUAGGACCCACAUACCCACGGGACCACCCCUCCUGGUAUGUCCCAUGGAGGACCUUAAGGUCCACAAAGAACAGCACUUUGGAGGUCCCGAGCCUCAAGGAGGUUAGAUUGGUUUCAACUAGGGCCAGGGCCUUUUCAGCAUUGGCCCCAACGUGGUGGAACGCUCUGUCACAAGAGACUAGGGCCCUGCGGGACUUGACAUCUUUCCACAGGGCCUGCAAGACAGAGCUGUUCCGCCUGGCCUUUGGUUUGGACUCGGUCUGACCCUUAUGGUUCCCUCCCCUUAUGGGCUUGAUUUAUCAGCUACUUUAAAAUGAGGCUGCAUUUUAAAUUGUAUUUUACCUGUGUUUUAAAUUGGGGGGUUUUCCCCCCUCUCUUUUUCCCCUAUUAUGUUUUUAGUGUGAUUUUAUUGGUGUUAGCCAUCCUGAGCCCUGCUCUGGCCAGGGAGGGCGGGGUAUAAAUAAAAAAUUAUUAUUAUUAUUAUUAUUAUUAUUAUUAUUAUCUCUAGAUGCUUCAGGUAGGAAGAAUUAAAGGAGCUGUCCAGCACAGGGGUGGGCUGGAGAUCUGGGGAAAUAGCAUUUUCCCAUGGCACCAUACUUUGAAAAUCAAGCCACACUGAUCCUGUCUAUGCAUUGAGGUUGAAUUCUGACAAGACAGAAGUACUGUUUUGGGGGGACAGGGGGCGGGAGGGUGUGGGGGAUUCCCUGGUCCUGAAUGGGGUAACUGUGCCCCUGAAGGACUAGGUGCGCAGCCUGGGAGUCAUUUUGGACUCACAGCUGUCCAUAGAGGCGCAGGUAAAUUCUGUGUCCAGGGCGGCUGUCUACCAGCUCCUCCUGGUACGCAGGCUGAGACCCUCCCUGCCCGUGGACUGUCUCACCAGAGUGGUGCAUGCUCUGGUUAUGCUCCCGCUUGGACUACUGCAAUGCGCUCUACGUGGGGCUACCUUCGAAGGUGACCCGGAAACUGCACUUAAUCCAGAAUGCGGCAGCUAGACUGGUGACUGGGAGUGGCCGCCAGGACCACAUAACACUGGUCCUGAGAGAUCUGCAUUGGCUCCAAGUACGUUUCCGAGCACAAUUCAAAGUGUUGGUGCUGACCUUUAAAGCCCUAAACAGCCUCGGUCCUGUAUACCUGAAGGAGAGUCUCCACCCCGAUCAUUCAGCCCGGACACUGAGGUCCAGCGCCAAGGGCCUUCUGGCGGUUCCCUCAUUGUGAGGUUACAGGGAACCAGACAGAGGGCCUUCUCGGUAGUGGCACCCGCCCUGUGGAACGCCCUCCCUUCAGAUGUCAAGGAAAUAAGCAGCUAUCCUAUCUUUAAAAGACAUCUGAAGGCAGCCCUAUUCAGGGAAGUUUUUAAUAUUUAAUGCUGUACUGUUUUUAACACUUGAUUGGGAGCCGCCCAGAGUGGCUGGGGAAACUCAGCCAGAUGGGCGGGGUAUAAAUAAUAAAUAAUAAUUAUUGUUAUUAUUCUCUUGGUCUCUUAGGGAUGACUUGCCAAGCCAGGACCUCCUACACAGAAGAUGAAGUUCUCUGGGGCCACCGGUUCCUCCCUGUGAUGUCGCUGGAAGAUGGUUUCUUCCGCGUGGAUUACUCUCAGUUCCACGGAACCUUUGAAGUCCCCACUCCCCCCUACAGCGUGAAAGAGCAGGAAGAAAACCUCUCUCUCCCUUCGCCUUUGAACACGCCGACAGGGAGCAACAGAAGCCGGAGGGAAAAGAUCUCCUCCCUCGAUUGCCUCGAUUUUUUCGAAGAAAAAGGCAACAGGCUCCCCAGCAAAUUCCAGAAAAUCUGCUCUGGGAAACGGGAGCUCCACAGAGGGGUCCUCAGCCUCUGCUCCAGCAACGUGGAGAAAGCAUGUAGCACGGGAGAUCUGCUCAAAAUCCAGCAGAUCACCUCCGUCUGCGGCACCGAAGACGGGGGCGAGAAGCUGAUGUUGGCAGCCUUCAAAACCAAAUCGGAGCUGCUGGCUCGCUCCACUGGCAACCUCGAACUCCAGCAAAGGCCUCAAACCUUGCUCACCUUGGGAGCGACUUUAGAUCAUGAGAAUUUGCCUGCAAAGCUGCGGAAAAUGAAUUCGGGACACCUGUCCUAAAAGGGAGGAGAAGCCUAAAUGAGCCGCAGUUUUCAUUUAAAACUCCUGGAUUUCUCGGGUUACUACUGUGAAGACCCCCUGAGCUAUGCCCAUGCACUAGCAAUGGCAGUCCGAUUUAAACGAGAAUUUUUUUUAAAAAAAAACACACAGAGAGCGCUUCAACCCACAACCCAUUGUAGUUAUGUAACGGGGGUAGGUUGCUUACAUGGCAGUGUAAGUAAGAAGAAAAAAUCUCUUGAAGAUACUGUUGGGUCUUCUGUUUUCUUUUCCUUUCUAAAGCAUGCCUAUUUAGUACCAUUUCCUCUGACUUGCCCCUUUAAAGAAGCAAUUGUUCUAUAACAAGAGUACCUCUGAGUAUGUACAGAGGGCUGCUCUCUCAAGCAACUGCAGCGUGUCCUUGAACACCUAUGAAGCUACACAAAAGGGCCUGCUUUGUGGGCUUUUUAAAGAAGCUACGCACCAGCCACACCCCUCGGGAGCCUCUCAGGAACCCACAGAGAACUGCUGCUGUGCUGCGUGAGGCACCACCACCGAUAAGGCCCCGCCUCUGACAGACACACAUCUCGCUUUAGCUGAUACGUGCAGCCAUUGUACACACAGGGAUUAAAUGAACAUGAUCCACAGGUGUAUGUCGAAAAGCACAGAACAAUCUAAAGGGGGGGGAUUAUUACAGACCAACAUGGCUUCCUUUGUUUUUAUGUGCCUUGAAGAUUAUUGAAUCUAGCUGUUUAGAAACAAGAGCUACAGUGGAAUGAAGAUGGUUUUUCUACCACCUCAAGGGGGACUUGUCGAGGACCACGUGCCCUCCAGCCAUUAGGUAACGCUACCAAAUUUAGCUUCACUUGACUUUAUCACCUGAAAUAAAUCUCCAGCUUUGAUCAUAGGAAGACUGCCAUUCUCCUCUCCAGCUACUCAAUUCUCUGCCUUAGACAGAGACAGUGGGUUUCGCUUUUAAGGCCGGAGACAGGGUAACGGCUGGUUUUAGAAUUAGCAAAAACCGGGUGGUUCUCCCAUUGCCUCUUUGUCUCUUGCAACACCUAGAAAAGGUUAAUCCAACUAAGUUUGCCAUCUUAAGACUGAAUCUAAGUGCAGAAAACUUGGGGCUAAGCCAAUAAUACGUCUCCUCUUCUUCUCUUUCCCUGCUCAUUUGACUGCUUUGCGUAGCAUCUCUCCCAAUGAAGGGUUUCUGGAGAACUUGAAAGCUCGCUCCCUAUUUUGUGGUUGGUCCUCCUAAAUAAAGGUCUUCUUGCCCGAGUGUG